AUGGGCAAAAGAAAGGCAAAAGCAAAAGCGCCUCCUAAGCGUAAAACUCCCCCUCUGGACACUACUUUUACAUGCUUGUUUUGCAACCAUGAGAAAAGUGUCAGUUGUUCCUUAGACAAACAGGCCGGAGUCGGCAAUUUGCAUUGCAAGAUUUGCGGACAAAGUCACCAAUGCAUUAUUAACGCUCUCUCUGCUCCAAUUGACAUCUACAGUGACUGGAUUGAUGCAUGUGAUGCAAUUGCCAAACAAGAAAGCGCGUACGACGACGAAAAACCGUCUAGACGCUAUGCCGAUUAA